AUGGCUAGUCCUAAUGUUCUUACCUUUGAUGCUGAGGGUCGAGCGGUCGAUUUUGAGGUCUGGGUCGAUGAUCUGCAGCUUUUCCUGCAGUGUGAUAGCAAGGACGGUAUCUCACUAUUUGAUCUCACGUUUGGCGCCUCUGCUGCCCCUGCUGCCGAUGCUGACAGUACUGUUCGCUCACAGUGGACCACCCGCGAUGCUGCUGCCCGCCUUGCUAUGCAUAGUCACCUGCCGUCCACUGAGCGCGCGCACUUUAGUCAGUACAAGAGUGCUAAGACCCUGUACAACGCUGUAGUUGCACGCUACUCCUCCCCUACCACUGCUGCCCUCAGCCGCCUCAUGCUGCCGUACCUGUUCCCUGACCUCACCGCCUUUGACAUAGUCGCUGACCUCAUUACGCACCUCCGCACUAGUGACACCCGCUACCGCGCAGCGCUUCUUGCUGAGUUCUGCGCCAAGAACCCCCCCCCCCCCCCCAAUGAGCGCCUCCUUGCAGCCGAGAAGAGUAUCACCGCUGUAGGAGCCUCUUGUGGUGACCCUCGUACCCCGUUCUUUGAGGGGUGCUCCCUCGUUCCCCUGUUGCCCUCUGCUGCCUCUGCUGCUGCUGUCGACCUCGUUGGCACCGAGUCGAUCGGCACUGUGUCUGCUCCUAGUGGGAGGCGCCGCAAUGGCGAGGGCAAGGGGGACAAGGGUGCUGGAGGAGACGGCGGGGGCGGCGCUGGUGGCGGUGGAGGCGGUGGAUCACCCUCUACUACCUAG